CACCGCGCCGCCCCCUCCACGCCAUGGAGCCCGAGCUGGCGGCCCGGGAGCAGAGCCGGCCGCGGAGGCGAAGCCGCCGGGCCUCGGGACUCAGCGCGGGCGGCGCCGCAGAGCCUUCGGCCGAUACCCCCGGGCCGGGGCCAGGGCAGAAAAGAAAACGAAGAGCAAAAGAUGAUGAUGUCAUAAGCCUUAGCAGCCUUGAUUUGAAGGAGCCAAGCAAUAAAAGAGUUCGACCUCUAGCUCGGGUCACAUCCUUGGCAAAUUUAAUCUCUCCUGUAAGAAAUGGAGCCGUCAGACGAUUUGGCCAAACCAUACAGUCAUUUACCCUUCGUGGUGACAACAGAUCCCCCGCUUCUGCCCAGAAGUUAUCCAGCAGAUCGACAGUCCCGGCGCCCGCCAAAAGGAGAAGCAGUGCCCUGUGGUCAGAGAUGUUAGACGUCAGCAUGAAGCAGUCUUUAACCUCCAGAGAGAUCAAACGUCAGGAGGCAAUAUAUGAAAUGUCCCGAGGUGAACAGGAUUUAAUUGAGGAUCUCAAGCUUGCAAGAAAGGCCUACCAUGACCCCAGGUUAAAGUUGUCUAUUAUGUCAGAAGAGGAACUCACACAGAUAUUUGGUGAUUUGGACGCUUAUAUACCCCUGCAUGAAGAUUUGUUGGCAAGAAUAGGAGAAGCAACCAAGCCUGGUGGAACAGUAGAGCAGAUUGGUCACAUUCUUGUGAACUGGUUGCCAGGCUUGAAUGCCUACAAAGACUACUGCAGUAACCAGCUGGCAGCCAAAGCUCUUCUUGAUCAAAAGAAACAGGAUCCAAGAGUCCAAGACUUUCUCCAGCGAUGUCUUGAGUCUCCCUUCAGUCGAAAACUAGAUCUUUGGAGCUUCCUAGAUAUUCCUCGAAGCCGCCUCGUUAAAUACCCUUUACUGUUGAAAGAAAUUCUUAGACACACUCCAAAAGACCACUCUGAUGUUCAGCUUCUGGAGGAAGCUAUAUUGAUAAUACAAGGAGUUCUCUCUGAUAUCAACUUGAAGAAAGGUGAAUCGGAAUGCCAGUAUUACAUUGACAAGCUGGAGUAUGUGGAUGAAAAGCAGAAGGACCCUAGAAUUGAAGCAAGCAAAGUAUUGCUUUGCCAUGGGGAACUGAAAAAUAAAAAUGGACAUAAACUCUACAUUUUCCUGUUUCAAGACAUCUUGGUUUUGACUCGGCCUGUUACACGAAACGAGCGUCACUCCUACCAGGUUUACCGGCAGCCAAUCCCAAUCCAGGAGCUGGUCUUGGAAGACCUGCAGGAUGGAGACGUGAGGAUGGGAGGGUCCUUUCGAGGGGCUUUCAGCAAUUCAGAUAAAGCUAAAAAUAUCUUUCGAGUUCGCUUCCAAGACCCCGCUCCAGGCCAGUCCCACACUCUACAAGCCAAUGAUGUGUUCCCCAAGCAGCAGUGGUUCAAUUGUAUCCGAGCUGCCAUGGCCCCUUCCCGGCAGGCCACCGGCCCCUCCGAGCUGCAGGGCUUGCCGGAGCCCCACGAGGAGUACGGAGAGAACUGCCCCCCUGCCAGCAAUGCCAGGGCCCAGAGAUGGGCGUCCACGGCAUCCAGCGUGACUCAGGUGGAAGUUGAUGGAGACGCUUCCGAAAGUGGCACCCCAGUGCACACAGCAGACGAUGCUAAGGGCAUGAAAGCGCCCCGAGCCCAGGCUGGCCUCCGAAAAGCCAGGGACAAAGCCCAGGUCGGUGGCAAGCGGAAAGAGACACUGGUGUAAAGGAAGCUCUGUGGUAACCAGGGGAGAGACUUUAUUUAUAACUGUGUACAGUUGUUCUUUCUUGUAAUGUGAGUAUGGGAGCGUUGCAGGGUUACUUAAUACCAGUCUUCACAUUUUCUGUUUUUGGUUGGGUUUUGGUGGUUGUUUUUUAUUUUUUUAUUUUUUUUAAUGGCAGCUAAAGAUAUAUAUACAGAUUACUGUUAAACUGCAGUCUUUUUUUUUUCCUCAGAUCAUCUAGAACAUGUAAG